AUGGUUCUCUCCAACUACAUCAGACACCGUCUCCACCUCGCAGCCCUAGCUUUGUCUCUCUUCCAACACGGCCAUGCAGCCCCAGAAUGUACAUCCGAAACCCCCGAUGGCCCCCUCCAGAUCACCGCAUCCUGCAUUGACCCGCUCUACACUACACCAAUCAUCACUAGCCGCUCUGACUUCUCCUUCCCCAUCCCGCACCAUAGGGUCUCGGGCUACUUCAAUGAUACCUCCGUCGACUUUAACAUCUACCUUCCUAUUACCACCAACAAUAACACUAACAGUAACACUAACACCAACACCAACACAAUCUGGCCCACCCGCUUCUUCCAACUAGUCUACCCGCUCCAAAACUCAACCGCAGAAGACGAGGCAAUUGCCUUUGGCACUGAUAGCGACGCUUAUACCGUCCGCGUCGCGGCGGGGAUUGGGUACCGUGGUGACGCGGCUGUUGCGAAGCUUUCAAAGAGGAUUGCGUGCGAGUAUUACACCUCCAACUCUAGCAAUCACAAUGGUAUCGUCACCACCGACGAUGAAACCGAGGAGGAUAAUUCCUGCACCAUCCACGGCUACAUCUACGGCGGCAGCGGCGGCUCGCUACAAACAAUCGGCGCAAUCGAAAACACCGAGGGUGUGUGGGACGGCGCCAUCGCGCUCAUCCAGGCAAUCCCAAUCUCGAACCUGAACAACUGGGCAAUUCGCGCGCUCGCGGGGCUCGUCCUGGACGGGAAAUCCGCCGCGCUCGUUGAUUCGGUACAGCCUGGAGGCAGCGGGGACCCGCUUACAGACGCGGAGCUGGAUCUAGAGGACUUCGAACGAGAUGUCUUCGAGGAGGCGAGUGCGCUCGGUGUGCCCCUGCGCGCGUGGGAGGAUUUUGACGGUGUAGCGAGGAAUCGUACGAAAUUGUACGAGGUGCUUAGAACGUCGGUUGUUCGGCCUGUAAAGCAGGCGGAUCCGACGUUUGUUGAUGAUUUUUGGGGGAGGAAGGGGUAUCUUGGGACGGAGGAGUCGGGGCUGGGUGAGUUCUUUCGUGGGAGCUUGGUUGAGUAUAAUGAUACUGUCCAGGAGGUCGUGCUGGGGGCUGAUGGAGUCCCUACGAGUAUUGUCUUGGGCAAAGUUCCGGCGGGGUCACCUAUUGGGCUGGAAUUCACGAUUGUCAAUGGGGCCCAGGAUCUCGGCACAUUUACUGGCCUGCUGGACAAAAACGAUAAGUCUGUAUAUCUAUACGGCGAGAACAACAAGACUACACUCAGCCACCUCGCCGCGGGCACACACCUCCAAAUCGACAACCGGUGGUACCUAGCCAUACACACCUGGCACCGCCAUCAAAUCCCGCCUCUCCGCGCCGGAUACUAUGGAUACAACGACUACCUCAGAACCAAGAACGGAUCCCCACGCUACCCACAACGAGACACCUUUCUCGCCCCUUCGAUUUCAGCCUCCGCCAGUGGCGGCGGCACACAUACCGGCGCUAUCAAGGGCAAACUCUUCGUCAUGGACAAUCUAGUCGACUACGACGCCUUCCCGUGGCAUGCGGACUGGUACAAGCAGCAGGUGCAGCGGGCGCUCGGCGGCCGGGCUGAUGAUAACUUCCGGCUGUACUAUAAUGAUCAUGCAGAUCAUCAGAUGGGUCCCGUGCCGCAGUCUCUGCAGGCGCGGUUGGUUAAUUUCACGGGGAUCUACGAGCAGCUGCUCCGUGAUUUGAGCGCGUGGGUUGAGGAGGGGGUUGCGCCGCCUGUGCCGAGUCGGUAUUCUGUUAAGGCAGGGCAGGUGGCGCUCCCGAGAAGUGCAGCGGAGCGCCGCGGUGUGCAGCCGGUUGUUGAGCUAACCGUUGAUGGGCGGAAUCGCUCAGAGGCCGCAGCGGGAGAGUCGGUGCUGUUUCGCGUGCGUGCUGAGGCGGUGCCGAGGACUGGAAAGAUUGUCUCUGUGGAGUGGGAUUUCGAGGGGACGGGAGAGUUUGUUGCGGGAGAGCUGCGUAAGGCGAGUAAGAGAGUUGAUAUGUGGGUGCAGCAUGCGUAUAAUUCUGUUGGGACGUUUCUACCUGCUGUUAGGGUUGCUGUGCAUCGGGAUGGCGAUACCGAGACCGUGUUUGCCAGGGUGAUGAAUCUGGGCCGGGCGAGGAUGAUUGUUAGCUAG